AUGUCGAAUCCGCCGCACUCGAGCGGGGCCACUCCUCAAAAUAGUGCGCAUGCGUCGGGGACAUAUCCGUAUUAUCCAUAUUAUAAUUACUACCAGGCAGUUCAACAUGCGGGCGGAGUGUCGUCGCCGUCGUCCAUGCCAGGCCAGCCCUGGCCGCCUGGGGGGUUUAUCAACGGUUCGAAACGGCCAGGGGAAGACCAGAGUGAAUCAGAGCAAUCGAAACGCGCAAGGACCAGCCGUGAAGGCGAAGAUGAGGAAGGCGAUACCACUGACAAUGAAGAGUAUAACGUCCCAGGGUCGGGGCGGGAGGUGCUGCCUUUGGAGCCCUCUGCCAACCGGCCGACAAGUAAUCUAUCCAAGCAAGUAGCCACAGAUGUGUGGCGGUUUGUCCGACCGCUGCAGACGCGCGAGCGACCUGCCGUGCUGCCCCCUGACGGACCUAACUUGUAUACCAAACCCGAGGCGCCGUUUGUCGGAUGUAAAUUAUGCUCAGGCUGGAAGACCUGGAAGUGUAUUGUAGGUAUGACCUCGACGAUCCGCAAUCAUCUGCGUAACGCGCACAGGGAAGAAUACGAACGCAUUUGCCGAGAGGAAAAUCUCAAAUACGCCGGCGACGCCCCCCAUCAUUCUACCUCUGCCUCGUCCACCCCAGCAGCCCCGCAACCCCCACCUGGGCCUGCGCAGUACGCCUACACACCGGCGCAACCUCCACCGCCUGGCUUCGGUUAUCAUCCGUCGGUGAUGCCACCGAUGCACACUGACAUCGACGGGACCGCGCCUGCCGGGUCUCCCGCUCAUGGUCAGCAGUCCCAAUCCCUCUUUGGGGAGCCCCCAAGGAAAGGUACAGCAUCGGACGUCUGGCGGUUUCUGCGCCCACUGAAUACCCGAGAGAAGCCCGCGGACUGGGUCCCGCCCGCUGACGAGCCGAUCCUGUCGAGGAAGCCCGAAGCCCUCUUCGUUGGCUGUAAGCUGUGCACACCUCAAUGGCGUGUCUGGAAAUGCAUCGACGGCAUGACCUCCACAAUUCGUGUGCACCUCCGCAAAGAGCACCAGGAUAUUUACGAACGGGUCGUCAAGAAUGAGAACCUGAAGCAGUUGCACCCGCUGCAAAAGACCGCCGACUACUCUCCUGCCCUUGCUCACCCACACUCGGAUCGGCCGCGGUGGGCGACGAACACCGUCGCGACGGAUGUAUGGUACUUUAUGCGCGGGCUUGAGAACCGAGAGCAGCCGCAGAAUUGGAGGGAACCCGUGAAUGAGCCCAUACUCGAGAAGAAGCCGACGACUCCGUAUCUCGGAUGUAAGUUGUGCACUCUCAGAGGCCAGUGGCGCACUUGGAAAUGCAUCAAUGGGAUGAGCUCCACUAUCCGGAAGCAUCUGAUAAACGAGCACGGCGACAUCUAUACCUCCGUCUGCAAGCAGAUCGGCCUGAAAGGUCCUGUAGAUGGGGAGGUACUGGACGACGUGGAUGCGGAAGAGCGUAUGAAUGAGAACAAGAGUCCACCUGUCAUUGACCCUGCGCUCACAGCGCCUGCCCCCGCCCCUGCCCCGAGCUACUUUUACGCCGUUCCUUCUACGACGCCUGCGGUCGAUAAAGGGAAGGUACCCGUGAGGGUGCAGAAGCCGUUACAACGACCGGAUAGAGCGUUUUCUACUGAAGGCUUCCUGGACAAACUAGUACGAUAUGUUGUGGCAUCCGGGCAGUCUCUGGACUUGGUGGAAGAGCCGGCGUUUCGAGGGCUUCUCCUCUUCGUGGGGCGUAGCCUUGCUGAUAUUGAUUUGCCGGAUCAAGAAAAACUAUCGCAGCUCAUUGAAGCAAGGUAUCAAGUCGAGCAGAAGAAGCUCAUUGAAGACAUCAAGAGCGCACUGGGUCGAGUAUCUGUAGCCGUCGAACUCACGGAAGAUGUGCCACCUCGGUUGGCCAUCACCGCGCACUACUGUGUCAAUGAGGACGAGCGGACUCUAGCGUUGCGAUCCCGGAUGAUCGCAUAUCGUGCAAUACCCGGAGAAACUCGCAGCAAUCCUGACGAGGUUGUCAUUUCCGCCCAAGUCUUUGACGCUUUGCAAACGUUCGGUAUUUGUGAAAAGAUUGGCGUGAUUACAUUCGGGCAUACCCUAUUUGAGAGCGGGAUAGGUGGCGAACUGAACGCCUUGCUCACCAACAAUGGGUUCCCUGCUGCGGACAACUUAAGGGACUGUUUACCGAUUGUGGACGAUGCGAUGCAAUCAGGUUUGGAUGUGCUGAUGUCGACUCAACGUCCUCUUGGUACGACCAUUGAUCAGUCUUCUGAACUCAGCCUAGCGCUGCAGGAGAACAAACGCUACCGCGAAGCGUUAGGUCGAAAUCCUAUCUCCCGUGCUCGGGAUCUCGUAUCUGUUAUAGCAGAAGACUCUGAUCGGUUAGCGGUACUAGAAGAGCUUCGCAAUGAGGAAGCCGACGGAAGUCUGCCCAGAGGGCUACUGCAGGAAGAUGGCAGAUGGUCUUCCAAAUAUCUAAUGAUUGAACGCGCAUUGGCCUUACGACCUCUCCUCAGUAAGCUGCUCAAGGACGAAGAACAAACCGAGAUUGCUCAUUUUCUUCUGGAUGAUGCGGAAACGGACGUUCUCAGCGAUAUCAAGGAAUUCCUGCGGUGUGCCUACGCAGUCCAUGAGAUGGUCGGGGAGGAGAAGCUUCCGCUUGCCAUCGUGGCAAUCCCGCUGUAUGAGCAACUGUUGAACGUCCUCAAGGACUUCCAGGAAACCCUGCCUGAGAUCCAGUCUGCCAUGUCUGUCACCACGCUAAAGCUUGAAGAGGCCUUGACGGAGUCCCGAAAGAGCGAGGCAUAUGGUCUAUCCAUAAUCCUGAAUCCCACGGCCAAACUCAAAUGGAUGGAUGAUAACUGGACUGCUGAAGAACGCGACAAAGCCAAAGCAUUGAUACUACAAAAGAUGUUGGAGCACCAUCAGAAGUCCAAGGCCCAAUCACAGAAUGAUGAUUCUUCCUCCGCGACGCAGUCUGGCUCCGCAAAGGAGACACCUAAAAGUCUCUCCGCGCUGAAUCGAUUGUUGGGACGGAACUCCCGGCGACAACCUCACAAGCCAGGGAGAGCAACUUCCUCAACUGAGGCCGGGGAGGAGGCGACGGACCAUAAUGAUGAGCUGAAGUCUGUGGAAGCCGAGCUACAGAGAUAUAUCGAGGCCGGAGUCUUAGAAAGUGGCGACGAAUACGACAAUUUUGAUAUCUUUCGAUAUUGGAAGGUGCGAGAGCGGGGCUAUCCUCUACUGUACCGAGUCGCCCUCGAUGUGUUGCCUGCCCAAGCGUCCGUAUUCACAUCUGGGAUAUCGCAACGGACGUCACGUUUCUCAAAAGCAAAGUCUCGUUCAAGCAAUCCCAUGCUAGAUGAGAUGGUCACGAUCCUGAGGUACGCCUACGAUCCGGAGAAGCUCGACUUCACAUAUGGAUGGAUCGCGAAGGAGGAUGAAUUGCGUAUCUCGGACGACCCUGUGGUAUAGCGGGGAACAGCAGGUAUAUCGAUUAUGCGAGCAGAGUCGCACAGCCUGUUGUACAACUCCUGUAUUGAUGACAAAUUGACAACAACAUAAAGUAAUACUACAAGCAGAGGGUAUUGUACUGUAACAUACAUGCUAUCAGCAAUAGCUACGGACCGUCACCGUAUCAAUCCUAAUUCUGCCAGAUGGAUCCGCUGUCGAUGCUUCUGGUUCGCGUCCGGGGCGCAUGAAUUGUAGCUCAACGUCGUGUAGAAUUGUUGUCCCCCGUCUUCUGGUUGUGGCUGAGGGUUGGAGGACAACGGGGAUGACUUGGUCGUCUUCCAGGCUACGACCUUCUUUCUUCAGGUUGAUGCUUAUACGGGAC